AUGUUGAGGAGUGAUCCCCAGCGACACUGGGUUGAAGGCAGCAAGGAAGACAAGCAUCUUCGAGCGUCAGCGUAUGCGGAGGGCGGACCCAAGGAUUGUGGAGGUACAAAGCGGAUCGGCAAUCGGGAGAAAAGGAGAAAUCGGCACGAUGUUCAUGCGCGUAUUGACCGACUGUCGGAGUCGGAGACUUCCGCUCCGGCAGAAGGGCCCAGACUCGAGACGCGGUAUGCGAUCGAGGCCCGCGAGGCUCAAGCGGGUCGCUCGCUGCAUCCACACCUUUGCCGUUGUACCAGAAGAGGGAAUCUCACUCGGUGA